UUUCUCUUUUGAAACGAAACUAAUUUAUUAAUAAAAAAAUAAUAAAUAUAUAAUCAACAUUGAUGGUCGAUCAUGAUCAACUUGGAUAACAUUAUAGUGGAUGCCGGAGUACUUGUGAGACUGAUGAGAAUGAUAUCGAGAUGGACACAUGGUAGGACAUCUUUGAAUCAAUUCGUGUUCAUAGUUGAGCCACCACUCGCCGUAAAUUCCAUAAUUCUUCCAAAAAUUAUUGUUGUUGUACUCACUAUAAUACCAAUUUUUACCAAUCAUUUCUUUGAAGUCUUUUUUAUCUUUGAAUCUCGUUCACAUAUUUUGUCUGAGAACGGAAAUCACAGACAAAAAAGUGUCUUUCAAAAAUGAUGUUUGUACACACUCUUAUACACACUUUUGUACACACCUAUGUCUGUGAAAGCUUUUUUUGUGUCUGUGAACAUCAAUUCAUAAACAAUGUUUUGCACAAACAAAAUAUUGUCUGUGAACCGGAUUCACAGACAAAAAAAAAGCUUCACAAACAUGGUGUGUAUAAAGUGUGUACAUCAAGCAUGGUUGUUUGAUGUACAACCCCACGCUCCCAUAUUUCUCACUUUACUUUGAUUUUGGAUUUUGACAUGGCCAUCCCAUCAAUGGAUACACAAGAAAUGAAGAAAAAUAAGAACAAAUAAAAUAACAAAUUGGUGGGAAUCGAUGGAGAAGAUCAGCGCUUCAUGAGAUGGAACAUUGGUAAGAAAGGAUGACAACGUUCAGUGAAAACAACCGCCGCUCUCUUUGCCAGAAUUCGGUCGGAGAAGAUGACCGGAGCGGUCUUUGCCGCGGCUCAGCUCCCAGGCGGAUGAACUAAGGGAUAGCAGCGGUGGCGUCCAGGCAGCGGCAUUCAGAAGGAGAUCGAUAGUGAUUGUAAAAUAAAUAAUGAAAGAAAGAAAGGGAAAGAAUGAAAGGCGCAGGGAGAUCGAUGGGGAGUCGGGGAGAAGAAAAGGGCUCGGGAAGAAAGAGAGAAAGAAAAGAAAGAAAAGGAAAAAAAGCAAAAAGAAAAAGGAGAAAAUAAAAAAAAUGAAUGCCACAUCAUAUCCACGUCAUCAAGUUUACCUACAAUCGGGACUUUACAGGCUAAAAAGCCACUUUGAAUUUUUUGUGCGUGUUUAUGGGUUUAAUGGAGUGAUAUUUGAGUUGAUGCCCUUAAUUGGCAUUUUCGUAAUAGUAGGGAGAUUUAUUUGACAAUUUUUCCUAUAUUUUUUAUUUUUUGAAACUUGUAAUCCUCUUGAGAAAUAUUGUCCUACUAAUUGUCAAUGGAGGCAUAAGCCGAUGAGAAAGCGUAAAUUAUAUGGUACAAUCGGUUGUAUCAU